AUGGAAGCAGCUUGCAACGCAGAGAAAUCAAGAGUGGAACCUUUGAGACUGUCCAGGGCAGCACAGCUUCCAGAGAGCACCAGCUGCCUCACAUGCUCAGAGGAUGGCAGGUACCUCGGCCUGGGUCACUCCCAGGGCUUGUCUGUGUGGUGUACAACUUCUCUGACCUGUGCUGCAGACUGGCUGGAGGACAGACUGGAAAUGACAUCUAUUCAGAUGACCAGUAUGGCCGAGACGGCAUAUCUACUCGGCACUAUUGAUGAUAUGGGUGUUGCCAGAGUCUUUGCGUAUCACUGUGACACCAUCCACCUCCUCAGUGUUGUUAACAUCAUGGACGACAUCAACAAAAGAAGCGUUUGCUUGACCUUUGAACUGUCUCCCGGGGGACAUUACGGCGCAGCAACAAUCAGUUGUAACGGUGCAGUUUGGCUCGAAGUCCAUCACUUCCCCUCAGAGACCUGGGUGAAGGAGUUAGAGAUGGUGCUUUCACAGACACAGGAACCCAACUCCUCAGUAGACCUUGGAGUAAAAUGGUCUCCGUUGUCAGUGGCUAAAAUCAAGCCACCCAAUAUUACAGCAGAGACAACACUGGAAGGUCCACAUGUGGUGCAGGUGACAGAUUUUUUGACAUACUUUUCGGCUUUGGAUGUGGAUACUGGGCGUCACCAGGAGAAGGAACCGUCUUUUGAUACGAAUGCAGAAAAAAGAAAGCAGACAAAUGAAAGCACAAGAUAUUGCACCCAGCACUUUCUUCUGCCCUGUGCGCAGUUUCCUGGUGACCGCACUGCAAAGCCUCAGCGAGGGUUGCCUGUUUCUGUCUGUGUGUGGUGGAUUGGUAGUCGCAAUCUUCUUCAGUAUUUGAUCAAAAAGGCACCAAAGAACGAACCAGCAUCUUUUCUCCUUUCAGACAUGGAACCUAUGCCAGGUAUGUUGUGGCCGCAUGCAAAGAAAAUCCUCUGCUCUGCUGUGAGUAGAUGCACCCGCUACAUCGCUCUUGGACUCGACAAUGCUCUGGUGUCUGUCUGGGACAGGCAAUCUGGGUCUCAGAUGUCUGUCGUUUCGAUGUCCGCACCAGACUGUGCCAUCUCCAGGAUCCAGUUUGCGGAUCGCUGGCAUGUGUCCCCUGAUGAAGUCCAUCUCUUGCUGGUGUGUAAGACUGGAGCAAUUCACCGAGUCACCACAGGACGAGGGACAAAGUGCUGCACAGAGCUGCUCACUAAAAGGCCAAAAGACAGUGGGGGCCUCCCAACUGCCAGCGCGUCAGUGCCGUUCCUGCAGAGCACGUUCCUUGUGGUGCAAAGAAAUGGAAAAGUUUUCCUCCAAGAUGUCAUCAACAAAACCCCAGUGCGCUGCUUGAUUCCCCCUGAAACUCAUCGGAUUGCUACUCCCUGCAGCCCUGUUUAUGCUUUUAACACGAAACUGCAAACUCUGUUCAUACGAGGUGAUCAGGACUCCAGCUACAUCGCGACCCCUAAAGAAGACAAAGAUGGCCAGAGUCAUCUUCUCGUCUUCCAUUUUGGAGAGUCUGAUAUUCUCAAGCAGUUUAUUGUUUCCCCUCCAGACUCUCCACAGCCAGAAGAAACACAGAGCUUUGUCUCUCUAGAAGAAACCUGCAACCUCUACCUUCAGCAAAGGGCACUCUCUGUGGGUGAGAGGAACAAAGCUAUUGCACAAUCAUGGAAGCAACUACAAGAAGCUGCAGCAGAAACACAGCAAAGCUACAGCUAA